CGCGCCGUUUGCCCGUGCGCACUGCGCUCGGGUACGCGCCCUCGCGUGCACGCCCCGCGCCUCGCCGUCCCGUUAUUCCCGGGUCUCCGCGAGCAGCCGUGCCGACCCUGCGGUCCGACAUGUCCCAGCUGCCCGCAGUCAGCAGCGUCCCGCAGACGGGCGCGGCGAGCGGCGACCGCGGGCUCCCGCAGGCCGAGGUAGGCGGCGGGCGGCGUGCGCUCCCGGGCCCGGCGCGACCUGAGGAGAUCCGGGGAGGCCCGAUGGCGGCGGCCCGGGAAGGCCCCGCAGCCCCGGGGGCGGCGGCCAGGGGAGGCCGGGUGGCUGCAGCCCGAGAAGGCCGGGUGGCGGAGGCCCGGGGAGGCCCCGCGGCGGCGGCCCGUGGUGGCGCGGCGGCCCGCGAAGGCCCGAUGGCGGCGGCGUCCAGGGAAGCCCGGAUGGCGGAGGUGGCCCGGCUGCUGGGCGAGCCGCUGGAGGAGGAGGCGCCCGAGGGCAGGCCCCGGUCCAGGGCGGGCGGCCUGGCGGCGAUGCCGUACCUGCGCCUCCGCCACCCGCUCAGCGUCUUGGGCAUCAAUUACCAGCAGUUCCUGCGCCACUACCUGGAGAACUAUCCGAUCGCCCCGGGCAGGAUCCAGGAGCUGGAGGAGCGCCGGAGGCGCUUCGUGGAGGCCUGCAGAGCCAGGGAGGCAGCCUUCGACAUAGAGUACCUACGCAACCCCCAGAGGGUGGAUUUUGACAUUUUAACGUUUACCAUAGCCCUGACUGCGUCGGAAGUGAUCAAUCCUCUCAUAGAAGAACUGGGCUGCGAUAAGUUCAUCCACAGAGAGUAAGGAGUCAGGCGAGGGUGGACACGGCACCGAGACCUCGGCAUUCAAGUCAAACCCCAUCCUGCAACUUGGUUUUCGAAAGUCAAAAGGAUCUUGAGAAUAAGGCAGUGCAUCGUUGGAAGAGGAAAAACGUCAGAAAAUUUGGGGGGGGGGGGAAUGUCCAAAACAUCGUUAGACUCCUGUAACGUUUCUUGAGUUUAUGAUUGAUUGGGAUUUCUUGUGUCCACGUGGCUUCGUUAAUGCGCAAAGGAUGGUUUUGUAAAAUUUUGAGACUUAAAAUUGCCAGUAGUAGAGCCCACGAUGAAGAAGGAUCAGCGUGGAGAGUUAAAACUGGAUUUAGGACGAAGUUUGUGUCAAGCACUUGACUUUUUGCAGAACACGCCUUCUCUUCGUGUCAGAGUCAACGAGAGUGUAGCGUGUAAGACUGACUUUGUGUUUCUGAGACGUUGAGAAUGGCAAGCAACAUAAAUAUUGUAUAUAGUAUGUGAUAAAUGGUGUUUCCAAACAUACCAAAUUUCUGCGAUUUUGUUUUUCAUAUUCCAAAGGUUUUUCUUUUUUGUUUCUCUUUUUUAGUAAGCCAUCUAUUCAUAAGCCCCGAGAAUAUGAAGGACUGACCUCUCUGUCCUUCUCUCCUUGUCCCUGUACCUAGCGCAGCCUCUGAAGUCAGUCUCCUUCCUAAUUUCAUUACGUAUACACUUUAUUUAUUUGUUUAUUUAUUCACAAAGUGGACAUUCUUUGGUUUACAUAUUGUGAUUUCAUUAAGAAAAUAUCUUGAAGAACCUUCCCGACCAGUAUAUUUAUUCCUUAGAGCUAUACUUUUUGCAUUCUGUGGUUAUGCUGUAAUGAACCAGAAAUAUUCUGAUGGACGGUUCAGCUAUCCCAUCGCUUUCUCCUGGCAGUAUAAAAGCCUCCUCUAGGAGAUUGUCUCCUGUGCAUAUCACCUGGCUGUGCUUUGGUUCUGAACACAUUCUUCAUGUUUACUAUCUCAAGUUGGAAUGCAUCUUACACUUGAUGGUGUUAUAUACCACUUUUUUUUUCAAGUUUCCAUAAAAUUGAUGAUGCAUCUGAUUAGCUCCUUAGGCUUUUUGUCCUUGGUAGUAUCUGUAGUCUGAUUUCUAGAAGUGACAUUCUUGGGCCAAAAGUUUGCCUUGGUAACUUUACAGAUAUGGCUGAUUGGCCUCUUUACACUCCCACCAGUGACUGGUAAAUGGGUAUUUUCCAAUUUCGUAGCCAAUAUGCUCAACCGUCAGAUGUAUAGUGCUCACCAGCCUGGUGGCAGAAAAAAGGUAUAUCAGUUUUAAGGUUUUUAAUAUAAGUUAUCUUUUCAUUUAAGAAUGAAAAGGGACUUGAAAAUUUUUCAGUAAUAGCACACUUGCCUAGACUAGCCUAGUGAGAGCACACUAGCCCCAAUGAAGGGUUGUGGGUGUGGCUCAGUGGUAGAGCACUUCCCUAGACUCCUCCAGUGAGAGACUGGGGUGUGACUCAGUGGUAGAGCCCCUGCCUAGAAUCCCCCAGUGAGGGGCUGGGGUGUGGCUCAGUGGUAGAGCCCCUGCCUAGAAUCCCCCAGUGAGGGGUUGGGGGUGUGGCUCAGUGGUAGAGCCCCUGCCUAGAAUCCCCCAGUGAGGGGUUGGGGGUGUGGCUCAGUGGUAGAGCCCCUGCCUAGAAUCCCCCAGUGAGGGGUUGGGGGUGUGGCUCAGUGGUAGAGCCCCUGCCUAGAAUCCCCCAGUGAGGGGUUGGGGGUGUGACUCAGUGGUAGAGCCCCUGCCUAGAAUCCCCCAGUGAGGGGUUGGGGGUGUGGCUCAGUGGUAGAGCAACUACCUGGCACACAUAAGUAAGUCUCUGGGUCUGGUCCCUAGCACCACAAAAAUCUAACUUAUUUUCCUCUCUCAUGACCAUCUACAUUCUCUUUUGUUUUUGUUUUGUUGUUUUUCCAGACAGGGUUUCUCUGUGUAGCACUAACUGUCCUGGUACUCACUGUAGAUGGGGCUGGCCUCGAACUCUGAGAUCUGCCUGCCUCUGCCUCAUGAGUGCUGGGAUUAAAGGUGUGCACCACCACCACCCCACUGACUGUCCACUUUCUAUACCCAUUUCUCCCCUCAAUAACUUCUUGAAUGACUGUAGUUGCUGACUACGUAUUACUGGCAUUAGGUAUGACAGUUUCUGACAAUUACAAAUAUAUUUUUCCAAUUAUUUGGCUGA